CCGGUGUCCAGUGCACAUACUUACAUACCCACUGUUUUAAUUUCAACCCUUUCCAUCUUCAACACCCAUCCGACAAUAAUUCAAUAGUUCGCGACGCCUUAAGUCCGUAACAAUUCACGAUGUCUCAGACAGCGCCCCGCAAGUACCGCGGCCACCAGAGCCAAUCCUCCUACUCCCAAUCUCAAUCUCGAUCUCCUCAUUCCCACGCCCACACGCAUAGCCAUACCCACAACCACCCGCAGCAACAAUAUCAACAACAGUAUACCUAUCAGCAGAACAAUCCGUCGUCGCGCUCGCAAGGCCACGCGCGUAACAGAUCCCACCAGCUACGAGCUGAAUACUCGGAACAGGGCGGCACGACUACCGGAUCGGACUACGAUUCAGACAUGGCCACCUACGUCCCCGACACCACGAUCCGGGCCCCCGUUAACCUCGCCACGCGCACCAACACCGAGCUUAACAUGGCAGUACUACGCCGCUACCGACCUUCUAUAACUAGCAUCUUAUCGAUCGCCGCGAACGCCGUCGUCUACAGCUUCGGCACGAAAUGGGACAAGGCAAACCUCGAAGGCACACUCUUCGUCUGCUCACAAGAGCCCGCCUCUCCCCCCACCAUCCCACAAACCCAAGCCCAGGCCGCGCUCUCGAACGGGUGUGUGUUCAUCCUCAACCGCAAGGGUCUCUCAAACCUCGUCGUCGACCUCUCGGACGUCGAACGCGUCGAGCUCUCCAACGAAACACUCAUCUUCAAAUUAGACAAGGAGCCAGCUGUGCUACCAAUGGAGAAUGGCGAAUCCAUCCGUACCAAGGCCCUGGGUAUGUUCAUCUACUUCGAAAGCGCUAAGGAACGCGAGAUUACCGAAACCCUGGUCCAUGAGAUGUGGCAGCAGUCGCGCGCCACGGCGCGCGAGAAUGCCGGCCCCGACGCGAGCGAUGCCGAGCCCGCCAAUAGUGAGGAGGAGGCCGAAAUGGCUCAGUCUAUGCAGGAGGCCGGCCGCCAACUCAGUGUUACGGAGCUGUUUGGCCGAAGCCAGAAUAAUGGGGCUGGGCUUGGCGGGUAUUGAGACAGGGGAUAAGAAUGCCUGGAAUACAGGAAUUGGGAUGUAAUAGAUGAGCUCUGGUCGAUAGAUGAAGGACUCACGCUCUCGUUAUUCUACAUUGUAGAGAGGGCGCGACGUUUCCGGCUAUCCGUAAGAUUAUGAACGAGAGACAUGGGUUUUACGAGACACAUCGAAGACGAAGAGGAAUGAGCAAGAGGAGAAGCAGGAGA